CGGCGUUAUGUCUACCUCCCGCUACCACGCGCUCCCAUCCCUACGUACACACAACCUGUACUUCCCAUCGUCGACCUUCCCACCCCCGACCAGCCACAUAUUGGCCUGAUGCCAGCACGGCGCGCCCGCGUGCCCUGUCGCGGUUGCCAAUGGGUUAUCUGAGGGCAUCUCGGCAAUGGGCUCGCCUCGGGUCCGUCGCUCUACUCGUCUUCCUCUCCUCGCUUCCCGUCUUCGCGUACGAGGAACUGUCCGAUGACGCGCUCCGCCGCGUUCCCGGCGCCGCUGGCGACUUUGAUAUCGAGCGCGGAUUGCUCCUGUCUCCCAUCUUGAUACCCCGGGUACCCGGGACACCGGGGUCCGCCGCCGUGCAGCACCACUUUGCUGAUUUCUUCGCGCGGCAGCUGCCGGAGUGGCGGAUCGAAUGGCACAACUCGACGGCCAAGACCCCGGCGACCGGCGACGCGGAUGUCCCUUUCGUGAACCUCAUCCUCACGCGCGACCCGCCGUGGGCCCAGGCUGGCGAUGUUAGUCGAUUGGCGCUGGUCGCCCAUUACGACAGCCUGUACCGCCCGGAAGGGUUCAUUGGCGCUGUAGAUAGCGCCGCUCCUUGCGCCAUCCUGAUGCAUGUCGCGCGCAGCAUCGACGGCGCGCUGUCGAAGAAGUGGGAGGCGAUGGAAGCUUCGGGCGACGCCGGCUUGGGGCUGGAGGACGAGAGAGGUGUUCAGAUUCUGCUGCUGGACGGAGAGGAGGCGUGGGUUAGCUGGACCGACGCGGACUCCCUCUACGGCUCGAGAGCGCUCGCCGAGAGUUGGGGCUCUGAGCUGCACCCGAGCCCCUCGUCGCACCGGUCCCCCCUGGAUGCCAUCAGUCUGUUCGUGCUCCUGGAUCUUCUCGGAGCAGCCGAACCCCGCGUUCCCUCGUAUUUCCUAACGACGCACUGGGCUUACCAAAGCAUGGCCAGGAUCGAAGGCAGGAUGCGGAAGCUGGGCCUGCUCCAGUCAAAGCCCAAGCAGCCCUUCCUCCCCGAUUCCGGGAAGCAGGCGUCCCAAUUCACUCGAGCAUUCAUCCAGGACGAUCACGUGCCUUUUAUGGAUCGAGGUGUCGAUGUUCUCCAUAUCAUCCCAACGCCGUUCCCGGCUACGUGGCAUACGAUGGAGGAUGAUGGCAAGCAUCUAGAUCUAGCAACGAUGGACGACUGGGCUAAGAUCGUUGCAGCAUUUGCCGCGGAGUGGAUGGAGCUUGGUAAUUUCAUCCCCGAGCCGCCUGGGGCGCGGAAGGCUAUCAGGGACAGGACGGAGCUGUGAAACGGACGCUAUCACAGACAUACCUGGUAGAACUACCUGCCCCCUAGAUGUCGCCACAGCCACUGAGUUCUCCGGCUGGUGGUAUUCAUCUGUGAGGAUGGGCAACGUUCAACAUAAUACGAGCUUUUCAUGUCAUUCCCCUCCAUGCCUUGCUAAUUAACAAUGCAAGUAUGCGAAUGGGCAGGAUAUGCACUAAGGGGAAUUUACCUGCUUAGAGGGCCUCUAUCAUGCUGUACCUGGGAAUAGGUAUAGCAAAGAUCAGAAUAUACAUAUGUAUCCUUACACCAAGGGAUAGUAAGCAGGUACAUCAAAGUUCGGUGUCGAGCAGUUCCAUGGCAAUUGACAUCGAUGUACUUUGUACAUAGUAUACGCAUCCACGUCAGCCACAACAGUACAAUACGUAUACCUGAAUGUAUGUACAUAUACAAGGUACCUAAGACCCCAGAAGAAGUGGAACGGGUGUUCUGUUCAAUUGCGAAGCUCACCCAA